AUGGUACAUGAUUUCAGCGAGGUUCAUAACCAUGAGAUGGUUGAGUCCGAGCACCAGCAGUUUAUGACUGUGAACCCUCAUUUGGAUGACGUUCACCUGAAAUUCAUACUUGAUUGUUCAAAAGCGAAUAUUGAACCCACAUUGACAUUUAAGGUAUUGAAAGAAACUCUCGGUGGCUUUGACCUCGUUGGUUGUACGGUCGGUGACAUCAGGAAUGCGUCACGCGACAUUAAAGCAUAUGCGCAUGGGUUCGAUGUGCAAAUGGUAUUGGACGACAUGGCGAAAAAGAAGAAGAUGUCUGGGUCGUACACAUAUCAUUAUGAGGUUAAUGAAAACAACCAGUUGGUUGCGUUGUUUUGGUGUGACGGCUUAAUGAAAAGGAAUUACCAUAUGUUCGGUGACAUUGUAGCCUUUGACACCACCUAUAACACAAACAGACGUUUUGUUGAAUGCAUGGGCAUAGCACCGAAGAUGAUCGUGACAGAUCAAGACAAUGGAAUGAGAUCAACCAUCGAAGAGGUUCUGGUUGGCACGCGUCACCGAUGGUGUAUGUGGCACAUAAUGCACAAGUUGUCCACCAAGAUCCCAAAUAGGUUGCUUAGGGAUGAAGCUUUCAAGAAGGAAUUCAGUGCAUGCGUUUGGUCUGAUCUGCUUAAGCCUGACGAAUUUGAAGAGGAGUGGAAAAGAGUGGUGGAAAGUCAUGGGUUGGAAGACUUUGACUGGUUUAACUCAUUGUACGAACACAAGCAUUUCUGGAUACCGGCGUAUUUUAGAGAUUUUCCACUAGGUUCGAUGAUUAGGACAACAUCCAUUUCCGAAUCGGAGAACAGUUUCUACAAAAGAUUUCUGAAGCCCCGUGCGAACAUAGCCGAGUUCUACAUGAUUUUCAACCAUGCUGUUGAGUUUCAGCGUAACAGUAGGACGGCGUUAGACUACCACGAUGCCACUGCUUUGCCCAUUUUGGCGACUACAUUGCCGUUUGAGAAACAUGCUUCGACGCUUUACACGGAUACGAUGUUCAGGAAAAUACAGGUAGAAAUCAUUGAGGGUAAUGAUAGAUGUCGCGUGCUAGGAUUUUCUUCGACUGAAUUUGUUGACACCUACAAGCUUGGGGAUAGCAAUCGCAAAUCGUAUUUGGAACAAUGA